CCUCAACGGGUUAGGCGCCGUCAGUUGCGCCAACGCUAGGCUGGAUAGAGGAGACGGGUGCCGACAGCUGGGCGCGGUUGGGCGUCGCCACGCCACAAUCGGUCACGCAAUUUCAGCCGGGGAUGAGUGGAGAAACGAGAAAAAUGUUACCGAUAAAGGUAGGUAUAGCCAGGUUGUCGAGGUGGUAUCCAUCGCGUCCCCCGGUCUCGAGAUAGCCAGCAGCCCGCAAUCUCCACGGCGUCGUAAUUCGCUUGGUUAUCGGAAUUUGUCCAUUUAUCUCGUUCCCCGGCCUGGUUUAUCGCUCUCCCCAUGGCCGCGCGCCUGCACACCGGCCCGACCUCACGAGGACACGCGUAGCCUGGCCGUCCGACGAGACGUCCGCCCUUCCGCGGCAGGGCGCGAUCGACCUGGCCAAGUCGACGUGAUAUCGGUCUUCUCCCCCGCUCCCCCCCCGGCCCUGGACCAGAUAGCAAGCACACAGGCCCCAGGAUCGAGAGCGACCACGAGAAAUCCCCCUUCGUCCGACGCAUGGCCUAGCCUAGGGCCCCCACCGCCGUCCCUCUUCUCUUUUUGCCUUGCGAGCACAGGCCGUACUUGCGCCGUUGCUAAAUACUCGACCACCACCCCUUUUUCCCGCUGCCCGCCGCCCUUCCCUCUCACCCACCCACCCAAUCAGCCAACCAGACCCGGUCAGCACGCCAUGGACAACCUCAAGUACGUCGAGGAGGACGAGGAGCGCGCGGGCGCUUCGCCGCCUCGCAAAGGCGACGUCGACGGCGACGACUUCCGCGUCAUCGACCCCGAGUCCGGCGUCAAGCGCGGCCUCAAGACCCGCCAUCUCAGCAUGAUGGCUCUCGCCGGCAUCAUCGGCCCCGGCCUGCUCGUCGGCAGCGGCAGCGCCCUCGCCGGGGGCGGCCCAGCCUCCCUGAUCAUCGGUUUCGGCCUUGUCGGUAUCAUCGCUUUCAGCGUCAUGCAGAGCAUCGGCGAGCUGACGACCCUGUACCCGUCGGGCGGCGCCUUCAUCCAACUCGCCUCGCGCAUGGUCGACCCGGCCUUCGGCGUCGCUGUCGGCUGGAACUACUUCAUCAUCUGGUUCACCGUCCUUGCCAACGAGUACAACGCCGUGUCCAGCAUUCUCGUCUUCUGGAGCGACAAGGUCCCCAUCUGGGGUUACUUCCUCCUCCUGUGGACUGCCUUUCUGCUGUUCCAGCUCUGCGGUGUGUCCACUUUCGGCGAGGCCGAGUUCUGGCUCGCUCUCAUUAAGCUUGUGGGGCUGGUCGCGUUUUACAUCUUCGCCAUCAUUUACGUAUCUGGCGGGGUGAUCGGGGCCGACGCCAUAGGGUUCCGGUAUUGGCACGAUCCGGGGCCGUUCGCCGACGGCUUCCGCGGUGUCGCCAAGGUGUUCGUCUUCUGUUCGACCUUCUAUGCCGGCGUCGAGUCGGUAGCCGUCGCCGCGACGGAGACGAAGAACCCGGGCGUUGCCGUGCCGCUGGCCAUCCGGCAAGUGUUCUGGCGCAUCCUGUUCGUCUACAUGGGCGCCGCCUUCUUCUUCGGCCUGACGUGCCCGUCGAACUCCGACCAGCUCCUCAACGGCCCGAGCCGCGCGCUGCAGAGCCCGAUGACCGUCGCGUUGCAGAACGCCGGCUGGCAGGGCGGCGUCCACCUCAUCAACGCCUUCAUCCUCAUCACCUGCGUCUCCGCCAUCAACAGCUCCAUCUACAUCGCCUCGCGCACCCUGCUCUUCAUGGCCCAGCAGCGCAUGGCGCCCGCCGUCCUCGGGUGGACCGACCGCCGCGGCGUCCCCAUCCCCGCCAUCGUCGUCGCCAACACGUUCGGCGCCCUCUCGAUGAUGAACGUCUCGACUGGCGCUGCCAGGGCCUACGGCUACAUCGUCAACCUCAGCGGCGUCUCAACCUUCAUCGUCUGGGGCGCCAUCUCCUUCACCCACAUCCGCUUCCGCCGGGCCUGGAAGUCUCAGGGGCACAGCGCCGCCGAGCUGCCGUUCGCCUCGCUCUGGUACCCGUGGAACGCCUACUUCGGCCUGGGCUCGAACGUGUUCCUAGCUCUCGUGCAGGGCUGGUCCUACUUCUCUCCGUUCGACGUCGGCGGGUUCAUCGACGCCUACAUCCUGCUGCCGCUGUUCUUCAUCAUCUUCGUCGGAUACAAGGUUAUUUUCAAAACCAAGUUCUGGGGCCUGGCGGAGGUCGAUUUGCACUCGGGCAGGCGGCGCGACUUAAAGGACGCCAACGAGGUAGCCGAGGCCGAAGGAGCGGCUGCCCAGCCUUGGUGGCGCCGUCUUUGGAAUGUCAUCUAGGCUAGCUAACGGGUCCAGGGAUCGGGGACCGCCUCUCUUGGGACGCAUGGGGUUGACUAUAUGCUUGUUCAUGAUAUAUUAUAUACCACAAUCCAUUCUAGACAUGCAGUAACAAGAUAUAGAUAUGUUAACCAGUAAUUAGUCCCUAACACAUACCUAGCUAGUUCGCAUAUAGAGAUCUACUACCAUGUAUUCUCGUUUAGGAUUCUCGUUUAGGGCCACGGACGUCCGCCGUAGCGUUAUUGAACCUUAGCCAACGUGCGAGCCCUCGGAAAUAAAAAUAGC